UCUGGGUCCUGAGUGAAAAACACCGUCCGGGGGAGCGACCAACUUCUGACUCUGUUUUUAUUACCGUUAUAUUUUAUUUUCUCAUUCCUCCAGCCGCCUCGUCUCUCUCGGAAACACUUCCCCGGCCGAGGAGCAUCGAAGUCCGGCGCUGACACCGGCGCUGCCCCGCCGGAGCCGCGGAGGAGUUGUUUGUGAAGUCGGGGUGAAAAUGGAGAGCUCCGCGGAGUGAGAGUGGGGUGAGGAGGCGGGUCCUGCCCUUCUGCUAGCCGCUAGCUGCUAGCAUGCUAACACAGGCUCCGAAGUUACGAGAGCCUCCCUCCGCUGUGAUCCUCCAGGGGAGCUGCUCUAUCUGCUGUUCCACCGCUGCUGACGCUGCAGAUUCUCCCGAUGGAUCCCAGCUCAGUUGAUGGUUCGACUGGUUGUGGAAGUUCUGCGUGAAUCCUGAGGACCAUGAUGCAUUUCUGCUGAAGGCGACAACACUUAACAAGCUCUUCUCCUGAUCAAUCGUUCCUUGUGCAUCGAGGAUCCAAACCCACCCGUAACAUUUUAACGUCAUCUGAGAUGGGGCCCUGGUAGCUUCUUCAAGGGGUUUGAGGUCCCCCCCCCCCCCUCCUGUGUGUGGGCAUAAGACCCAUCAACACAGGUCUAUAGAAGAAAGCUGUGACCCGGUGGUAAAGCACUUGCUGUGGGAGUAGAGACGCCCGGCGUGAUUAGCAAAAUGCGUUCAUGAGCUCCUCGGCUGUUAAACUGGAUCUAAGUGGUCGUCUCGCUCGUGCUCAGGAGCUGUGACUGCUGAUGCCAGCUCGUCGGGACCUGAGGGGGUGUGAUCAGCUUUAUUCAUGAACCCUGUGACUCGGCGUGGGUACGGCCUGGAUGUUGGAUCUGCUGCAGCGGUGAUGAGGCCGGGCUCCUGGGGGCCUGCGUGGCUGGAUGGGCAGCGGCCCACGGUGAUGUGAUGGGGUGCAGGAACAGUAAGGUCCUCCCUGAGCCUCCGGGGGACGUUCAGUUGGACCUGGUCAAAAAGGUUGAUCCUCCGCAGCCCCCCCAGACAGAUAUCUUCAAGCACUUCAUACGAGGGGAUGGCACUGGAAGCAAGACGGGCGGGGGUGGGGGUGGGGGCGGUGACAAGGCCGACUCCGCCUCCCCAUAUCAGGCCCAGGCACAAGCUGCCACUCCCACCGCCUCCGCCCAGCCGCCCAAGGACCCGUCCGAUCUGUCGGACCCUCAGCGCAAGAAGGUGGCGAAGUAUCGAGCCAAGUUCGAUCCCCGGGUCACGGCCAAGUACGACAUCAAGGCUCUGAUUGGACGAGGGAGUUUCAGCCGGGUUGUUCGCGUGGAACACAAGAGCACGCGGCAGCCGUACGCCAUCAAGAUGAUCGAGACUCGCUACCGGGAGGGGAGGGAGGUGUGCGAGUCCGAGCUGUGUGUCCUCAGGCGCGUUCGCCACACCAACAUCAUCCAGCUGAUGGAGGUGUUCGAGACGGCCGAGCGGGUCUACAUGGUGAUGGAGCUCGCCACCGGAGGAGAGCUCUUCGACCGGAUCAUCGCUCGCGGCUCCUUCACCGAGCGGGACGCCACCCGGGUGCUGCAGAUGGUUCUGGACGGCGUCAAGUACCUCCACACGCUGGGGAUCACUCACCGGGACCUGAAGCCGGAGAACCUGCUCUACUACCACCCAGGGGCCGACUCCAAGAUCAUCAUCACCGACUUCGGCUUGGCCAGCAGCAGGAAGAAGGGCGACGAGUGUCUGAUGAAGACCACCUGCGGCACGCCGGAGUACAUCGCGCCGGAGAUCCUGGUGAGGAAGCCCUACACCAACGCCGUGGACAUGUGGGCGCUGGGCGUGAUCUCCUACAUCCUGCUGAGUGGAACCAUGCCGUUCGAGGACGACAACCGCAUGCGGCUGUACCGACAAAUCCUCAAGGGGAAGUACAGCUUCUCCGGAGAGCCGUGGCCCAGUGUGUCCAACCUGGCCAAAGACUUUGUGGAGCGGAUUCUGACGGUGGACCCCAGCGAGCGUCUGACCGCCGGCCAGGCCUUCAAGCACCCCUGGGUCGUCAGCAUGGCCGCCUCCUCCUCCAUGAAGAACCUGCAGCGCUGCAUAUCUCAGAACCUGCUGAAGCGGGCGUCCUCGCGCUGCCACAGCACCAAGUCGGCCCAGUCCACUCGCUCCAGCCGCUCCACCAAGUCCAACAAGGCCCGGCGGGUGCGUGAGAAGGAGCUGCGCGAGCUGAACCGGCGCUACCAGCAGCAGUACAACGGCUGACAGGGGGGGGGGGGCGGGACAGCUGAUGACUGCAGCGGACCUUGGACUUUAAGGGAAACAGCACUACAGAGACUGAACUUUCACAAUGACUGUCACCAUUCUAUGAUGCUUCCAGUGUUAAAGGCCUAAAUGGGUUAAAAUUCCCCCAAAAGAGGGAAAUAAUGUGACUGAAUCAGUUUCUUCAAGCAAGAAAUCUAAUUGAGGUUGAAAAGUAACUGAGGAGAUCGAGCAAAUCAAAGGUGAUUCCUGAUCCUUAAAGACAGUGACGUGAAUGAAUCCUCAUGGUUCUGUGUCUCCUGAUGAGGACACAGAAGGACACACCAGCAAAGUGUUUCAUUCCAUCAUCUCUCCGUCCGUUCCUCCACCUUCUCCUCGGCUGGACGGUGCCUUCCACUCCUUUUUUUUUAACUUUGUCUUUCCAUUCCUGUGUCUCUACAUAUUUAUUUAUUAUUGUUGACGUGAUUAUUAGUCUCCAUUCAAAUGGUCACUGGAUGAUGACCUUCUGCGAGGAUCUGUUGAACAGAGUUCUGGGUACUGACGUUUCUAAGAAGAAGGGGAAACUU